ACACCAUCGUCAUCACAAGCUGGUUUCUCAUGUCCUCUACGUUUCCACACUCUCUAAUCCUCACUUCUACUUGGUCUAUAGCUACUUCCUCUUCCUAUAUAUAUGUGUGUAAAGCUACAAGCUUUCUUCAUGAUCACUUGCUCACACGUUAAUUAUAUGCACUUAUAAGCUAAAAACAACUAUAACCUUGCACGUAUAGUACUGCUAUAUAGUUUUAUGAGAUAAAUAUUGCUCACUGGCUUGCUAAACUACAGCGAAACACAGCCUUCUUUGAUUUUAGCUUAAUUGUAGUAGAAGAUGGAGGAGGUAAAAAAGGAGCAGCAGGAAGAAGCACCGAUGGUGAUUGAUUUGGGGAGCAUUGACACACAAGGACUGUUUGUGGGGGGAGAGAAGCAGUCGACGUGCUCGUAUGUCAACUCACUCUCUUCCCGAGAAAUGGAGUCCCUCACUGCUAUCUGCGACACCCUUUUCCCAUCCGUUUAUAAUAGCAGUAUGAUGGCCGCCUCCGCCGAUGAUGGCUCCACCAAUAGCAUCUCUACUUUUUAUCAAUCUUCUGCUUCCAUGGCCGGAACUCCUCAACGUGUAGGAGAGUUGUUUUGUGAUAGGGUGCAGCAUCCAAAGAAGUGGCUGAUAAGACUGACGCUAUAUUUGUUAUCUACAUGGAUCGGUACCUUCAUAUUGUGUGGAUUGCCCAGCAUUUCACCUUCUUUUCCCUACUUCCUGAGAUUUUCUCAAAUCUCUCAAAGCAAGAGGGAGCAGAUAGUGUUUUCCUGGGCUACCAGCUUUUUCUAUCUCCUCAGGAUGCUCUUCAAAUCCAUCAAGCUCGUCAUCCCACUCGUGUUUUUCUCUCAGGUGGAUGAAAAGAAUGAGAACCUGACAUGGAAAGCCAUAGGCUAUCCAGGGCCUGACCCAGCAGCACUCAAAAGACAAACACAAACCUGCGGGCUGCCAGAAACAUUAUAUGCAAGUCUAAAAGAUGAUGAUGAUGAUGAUGAUGAUGAUCAACAUGACUGCAAAGAAGAGCAUCUCUUCGGACCUCUUUACAGAGGCCUCGUUGAUCUCAACCUUCCAAGGGAUAGAGUUGCAGACUCCCUGCGUCAGAUUGGAUUCCCUGUCUCCAUUCGUCGCGGGAAAGACAUUGACUCGUCACGGGACUUUUCUACUAGUAAUCCUAGUUUAGUCAUCAAAUGUGACGCAGUAGUAGUUGGUUCUGGCUCUGGUGGUGGUGUGGUUGCUGGGGUUCUAGCAAAAGCUGGUUAUAAAGUGCUUGUCUUGGAGAAAGGAAACUAUUUUGCUAGAAACAAUCUCUCACUUCUUGAAGGGCCCUCAAUGGAUCAAAUGUAUUUAGGUGCAGGUAUGUUAGCAAGCGAUGAUAUGGGAGUGGUAGUUCUUGCAGGCUCUACUGUUGGUGGAGGUUCCACAAUCAAUUGGUCAGCUUCAAUUAAGACCCCGCAACAUGUGAUCAAUGAAUGGAGCGAAACCUACGACCUUGAGUUAUUUGACAGUAAAUUAUACAAAGAAGCAUUGGAUGCUGUGUGUGAGAAAAUGGGAGUUCAAUCUGAUAUUGAUGAGGAAGGUUUCAAUAGUGCUGUUUUAAGAAGAGGGUGUGAAGAAUUGGGCUAUCCUGUAAACACUAUUCCUCGAAAUUCUGUGCCGGAUCAUUACUGUGGCUGGUGUUGUUUUGGCUGCAAGGAUGGAAGAAAGAAGGGCACUUGUGAGACAUGGCUAAAGGACAUGGUGAAUUCAGGUAACGGUGCAAUUCUUCCUGGAUGUGAGGCUAUUAAGGUCUUGCAUGAGCGAAAGAAAGGGAAGGAUCGAAGUACUGCAUCGGGAGUAGCUUUUGGAUUCGAAUACAAUGGAAUGAAAGACUUGUGUGUGGUUGAGUCCAAGGUGACUAUUGUUGCCGGUGGUGCUCUCAGCACUCCUGCAUUGCUAAAAGCAAGCGGCUUAAAGAAUGCCAACAUUGGUAAACACUUACACCUCCAUCCAGUCACAAUGGCAUGGGGCUACUUCCCAGAAGCACCUAUUUCAACCACGGCGUGGCCAGAGGAACAGAAGAAGAGCUAUGAAGGAGGGAUAAUGACAGCAAUGUCAACAGUUGUUGCAAAUGUUAACAAGUCUGGAUAUGGGGCAGUGAUACAGACGCCAUCAUUGCAUCCUGGUAUGUUCUCGGGUCUAAUUCCAUGGAUUUCUGGAGCUGAUAUGAAAAGGAGGAUGUGCAGGUUCUCAAGAACUGCCCAUGUAUUUGCUCUGGCAAGAGAUAGAGGAUCGGGAACCGUGAAUUCGCCAAGCUCAAUAAAUUACAGAAUGGAUGCUGAAGACGAGAAGAAUCUACAGGAAGGGCUAGAGAAGACACUGAGGAUACUGGCAGCUGCAGGAGCUGAGGAGAUCGGAACACAUCACAGCACAGGGAAGAGCUUAAACGUGAAGAAAGUGAGUUACCGUGAAUUCGAAAGGUUUGUGAAAGAGGAGAGUGCAAGACCAUUAAGAGACUUAACAGGACAAAUAUGUUCAGCUCAUCAGAUGGGGAGUUGCAGGAUGGGUGUGAAUCCAAAGGAGUCGGCGGUGAACCAAAUGGGAGAGGCAUGGGAAGUAGAGGGACUGUUUGUUGCAGAUACAAGUGUGUUUCCAACUGCUCUGGGUGUCAAUCCAAUGGUCACAGUCCAAGCUAUCGCUUAUUGCACUGCACAGUCAGUUGUGCAACUUCUUUCUAGGAAGAGAACUCAUUACUAACUUGUAUUACUCUUCACAUUUAUAUAUGUCUGCUAUGUACUCAUGAUCUUGCAGGUAUAAUAAAGUUCCUGCAACUCUCAAA